CAACCUAUAUAAAGGCAGCAAUCCCCCUUCUCUUCCAUCCCACACGGAACUCGAAUGUGCAUGCAAUUCAUCAAAAUUGCAUUUCCAUAUUCCACACAAGAAGUGCUACAACCACAACCAGGUUGUUUUCGCUAUUAUUUAAAUACACAUCCACACCAUGAGCACUUCCAAGUCCUCCACCACUUCCGCCGCGGGCUCUUCCGGUCCCCCCUCAGACCCAGAGCAAACCAUCGAAGGAAGGGAAGAGCAGCUGGACUUCCUCCGUUCCAUGCUCAACAGGAAGCUCCGCGUCACCGUUAACGACUCGCGCAUGUACUGGGGCACCUUCAAAUGCGUCGACAUGCUCGCCAGCAUCGUCCUACAUCACGCCUACGAGUACCGCCAGCCCCUCCCACGCCAACUACAACACCCACAGCACGGCCGCCGGCCCCUGGUCUCUAUCGUCUCGCCGUCCAUCGAGUCGAUGGGCUUCGAGGACUUUGAGGGAAGGUUCACCGGCGGCUAUGACACUGACGUCGAUAGCGGCGGCGGCGGCAGCGGCAGCGGCGGGAAGAAAGGAGUCGCUAGCGGCAGCGGCAGUGGUUCCGGCAGCGGUUCUGGCAGCGGCUCUGGCGAUGGUUCCGGUGAGGGUUCCGGUGGUGGUGGUUCGGCAGAGGCUCAGGCGGCGGAGGAGGCCAGGGCGGAGGAAGUGAGGAAGGGAAAGCAGAAGGUGGAGAAGAAGGAGCCGGUGGAGAUGGAGAGCCGGUAUAUGGGCAUGCUGGUGAUUCCGGGGGAGUAUAUUGUCAAAGUUGAGGUGGAUGAGUUUCUGAGCCAGGUGAAGGGGCGGGAGACUGGGGUGAAUGCCGAGAGGUGAAUGCCCGGUUGAGGAAGGGGCGUGUUGUGCUGUGCUAGAGAGCGAGAUCUAGAUGUUGUUUUGUUGUGUGUUAGGGGUUGGUUGUAAUGAUGGGUGGUUGAAUAACUCGAGGUGGAUGUUUCAUGGCUGCCCGAACUGGGCGGGAGGAGGGUUUGUGCUUGCCGAGCAUACCUCUCCCAGACCUCCAUUGUGGAGGCGACCGGAGCGAAGGCACAACAACGCCCGGUCAAUUUUUGUAUACAUAGCUCUGUGCAUACCCGAGUCUGCUGCCGCCCGGUAAUCACGCUGCUGGUUACACAAAAGG